GAUCAUCAGGAAAUUUAGAGAUCCUUUAAGUACUCUAUUCUGAUCUGUUCGUUAUCAGGAACUGUCAGGCACAUAGUUGGAUUUUAAAUUAUCCGCAUAGGGGUUUGCGCGAAAUCUACGCGCUAUAUGAAGCUUCCAAAUUAUUUCCAAAUGCCUCGAGACAUUCGUCGAGGUGAGGUUAUACUGUCAUUUUGAGCGGCGCGAAGAGGUUAGAUUUAUCCGUGGAUACAAGGUAUAAACAUGUCAGAUAAGGAGUCGAAUGAGGAGAUCGAAGUGAUAGCCGAAAAACUGCAUAAUGUUGCGACUAUCGAGCCAGCGCACACCAAAACUCAGUCACGGCAACAGCAGCAGCAGGCAAAGAGUUCACGGAAAAACAAUAAUAACGAUGUAGUACAUCAUCCUGUAGAUAGUAAAAAGCCUGAUGCUACCACUACAGCUGUCCCAGAGGAGUAUGUUUUUAUAAGGAAUGUACCUGAACUCAAUUUACCUGAGAAGAUUCUAUUUGUUAUCGAUACAGUGAGAGAGCAGCAAUGUACACCCUUCAAAUUGGGUACAGGUGCAACAUACUUACCCCUGUUUAUGAUAAAACGUGUGGUGGAAAACUUUGUUGGCGCAAAAUCUACUAUACAGCCUGGAGUGCAUGAGUAUGCACUAAUGAGUCUGGAUUCACGCAAUGCUUCCUGGCUCUGUGGCUACACCAGUAAUACAAAAACUAUUCUCAAUCAUCUGGAGGGUAUCAUGGAGGAUGUACCAGACGAGGAGCAGAGGACUUAUGAUUUGGGACUGUUAUUCGAGGUGAUACACUCACGGAUAGCAAUGCCGACAAGGAACCAACCAACAUUCACCUCGCGUGUCAUUUUUAUAUAUGGAAGAUCAAAUUCCAUCCCAAAGUUCCACACCGGACAGAAGUAUCUGGAGGCUUUAACAGAGAACCCAUAUUUCUUCUUGGAUGUGCUGUUCGCCCAUGAACCACCUAGCGAUGAUAACAUGUGCGAGGCAGUAUACGCCGAAAUCGCAGCUUUAGACACAACCAAUUUCUCUUAUAUCUUCGAAGUAGGUAGGAACGCUGCUAAAAUACAUGAUAAUAUGGCGAAGCUCCUAGCACAUCCCUUGCAACGUCCACCACAGAAGGAUGCUUCUUAUACUCUUUACUCAAUGACUGCCAAUCAGGAAGUGCAUAUUAAUGUAUAGUGUUUUGUAUAUUUGUUAUUAAGUAACUUAUUUUUAUGGAAAAGUUAUCAUGUAAUUUUCGUCAGAUCAGAUCUAUCUAAUGCCAUAUAAUUUGA